GUUUCCAGCACCAACCGCCUGCGGCCGUUUACAAUAAGUCCCAGUCAUUGACUAAUAAACAGCAACAACGUGAUAAGCCCGUUCACGACUACUCGUCAAUUGCCCUGGUGGCCUUUGAUGCAAGGCAGUCAAGUUCGCGCAGUCAGCCGCAGCACCCCAACGUUGCCCCAGCUUGCGCGUGGAAUAUAACUUUGGCCACCUUUCAGCCUGGAGGCAUCGAUUGAUGUUACGCAGACACCAGCCUACAGUGAAAGCCUCUGACAUUCAGUUUUGUCCACACUUUCAUCUGUCGUCGCUCAUCGCAUGAGACCCCCAGCGAAGGGGUGAUCUUUACGGUCUUGCUCCAGCCUCGCUUGCACCCUACCCUUCAGCCUAACGCGCGAUACCGCCAACCCAAAGUAUGUCUCGCCUCCCAUACGUGGAUUCACCGAACGAAAGCUGGCAGGAUCUCGUUGCCUGGGACGACGAAUUGUACGACCCUUUCUUCCAAGGGGAGACCAACUACACGGGCACUCAAGAGCGCAGCUACGUUGCAGGCCACCAACUAUCGGAAAGCUAUACCUCUGAGCCUGCGUACCUGGUUUCAGCGCCGCCCUCAAUCGUCGAUGAACCGCCUUCGCUCGAGUAUACUGUGUCUGCCCCACCAUCAAUCCUAGAUGGGCAGUCCUCGUUUGAACAAGUGCAUGGCAGUUCUAUGUCCUUUGACACGAUAUCCACUUCCCCGCUCGUCGUACAAGCAGAUAGCCAGUACUUCGGAUCGUUCGGUGCCUGCGAUAACAGUCUCCUGUCACCGCUAGGAACCAUCAGCGAUUCACCCAUUCUGGACACACGAUAUGAGCGUAUCCCAGAAACCUUCACCUCAUCGGCAGGGUCUUUCGAGAGCACGGCUGAAACGGUGUUCAAUCCUCAUGUUGCAGACUCAUCCCAUUCCUUCAGCGGUCUGGAUAUGAGGCAUUCCAGGCUGUUUUCGAACGUUGGUACAUGGGCAGAACAGCCACGGAUCAUCGAACCUAUUGCAGAAGACGACGGUGGCAGAUCAGAAGUCGAGCCUAUCGCAAUCCCUCAAUCUUUCUCACAGAGCUACAGUUCGAUGCCGCCAUCCUAUCGGCGAUCAGAUGGCGAGUAUGAUCUACACAGUCGUAGCAGAGCCAUCGCCAUCCCGGAUACUACACGUGGACACAGCGUCAACAAUCGAGCUACAGCGUCUGUAUCAGCACGAAGAGCUCCUCCUAUGCUCUCGGUAUCACCAGGCACUUCACGUUACCCUCGUAGUGUUGCACUGUCCAGAAGCGCCUCGCUCUCUCGCCGUAAAGCCUCUACUCCAUCUCCCACUUCUGACGCCUACGGAUGGGUAUCCUACCAACCCAAUCCAUUGACCAAUCGGCUGGCCCCAACUAGCACAGAGGGUAUGCCGGGAAGAGCGCUAAAGGGACGAAAGAGAGCUCUCACUGCUGAGCAGCGCCGGCAUGCAGCGUUGAUGCGCAUUAUUGGCGCUUGCUCCAAUUGUCAACGGCGGAAAGAAAAGUGCGAUCCUGGUACUCCGUGCAGAGCUUGUCUCGAUCACUACAAAGGUGAUCUUGUCAACCAUCCGUGUCGGGACCAUACGCUCAUUGAUCUUUCCGCGGCAUUCCUCUCUGACCAUCUCGGGUGGCAUCCAACCGCACGACCCUUGGAGUCGUUCGUUCCGGCUGGCCGAUUCCAAAUCUCAAAAGACGUCACCUACACUGUUCCGUUGAACUUCGGCUUCGGUCCAACAUUCCCUGUCUCAGUAUAUGCUGUACAACUAAACGACGACGCUCCUCUGGUACACGAACACAUCAUCUACUCAUGGCCACCACAGCCUCAUAGUGGUUCACCGCACAAGCAUGCUGUCCUUCCAGCUGUACUAACAGCUGAUGCGCAAUUCCAACUAACGCAAACCCUUGACUCCCACUUGUCGCUGUUGGUAGCGCAUCACUUCCGUGCUUUCCCGCUAUACUGUUCGCCGCUUCGAAUUCUACGCGACAUCUACGUCUUCUCACGAUCCCUCUCAACAAAAUCUCCUCACUACCGCAUACUUCACCAAGCGCUCAAGCUUCUCGUACUUGUUCACAUUGGCGGCGACAUAACACUGCCAUCACGCCCCGAGAGCCCCAUGUUGGAACAAGUCAUCCGCAGUACGAUGAACAUACCCAAGGACCUGACUCCCACACCUUGCUUCAUCCGCUCGCAGUUCGGUGCGAUCAUGCCUGGUCUUGCCCUCAGCUUGAUGAAAGAUGUACUCACAUCACUAGAGCAACUUCUCUUAAACAAGAACUGCGAUGAAUGGCCCAUCGCCCUAGCUGUUCUCAUCACUGUUCUGAUGACGGUAGAAUCUAUCCACUACCAUGCCACGAAGCUGCCGUACCACACCCGCUACGACACCACACGCUCAUCUACUACAGAAGAAAAUGUAGAGGUCGAUGAUCAUGGUGUCAAGGAGUUACUUGAGUUCUACAUCGCGUGCUUCUCUGGCUGCCACGCUAGACUCAGGCCGGACUGGGAGGGCGAGUCAAUACAGCCUCACCAGACGGGCACGCCAGAAGAUGUGUUUAUCCAAAGCUUGCGCGAGGCUAUCAAGAGAGAGGACACAUCUAGCUACCUGAUCAAGAAAGCUAAAGAGAAGAGACGAGAUGCCGACAUGGGGUACUUCUUCGAUCGGCUUGUCGCGCGCCUCUUCACUCUCAAGCAUUGAUACCCCGACUACUGCUUCUUAUCUCUUUCGUUGCUCCCUGAUCUUUGGCUCAUUUUCUGCUCGAGCGCAUGGUGAGGUGGCUCUCAAGUUAUGCUGGGCGUUGAAAAGGCUGCGAUACCCUUCUUUCUUAGACGACUGUACAUGGUCUUCGUUUACGCAUUGGCGUUUCUUCUUUCUUCAUUCACGAGUAAUGCGCUCACGACUGUAUCUUGAUGAUGAAACGACCUCUUGACGGCCUCUGUUGGCGUUCCCGUAAUUUGCCAUAGUUCUUAGGUUAUUCCGGAGCAGGAGUCCAGGUUUAGACAAUUCAAGACAUGUAACAA